CGCGGGACACAGCGACGAGAUUUUGUCCGCGAUACAAGAAUUCUUGAGCUUCUUGUAGUCAUUAUAUACACGAAACGAUCACAGGACUCCAAACUUCAAAUAUACAAUAAUGGCGGAAGUUGUACAACCAGUUUCUGCUGAAUCACAGGCAAAGCAUGUCCUAUAUUGUGGAGUCUGCACGCUGCCCCCGGAGUACUGCGAAUUCGGUGGAACGGCGAAGAAAUGCGAGGACUGGUUGAAGGACAGCCAUCCGGAUAUGUACCAGCAGUUAUAUUCUGAAGAGGCUCUCAGUACCAAUCUUGCUACACUUUCGGUAUCGGCCCGUGAGCGUGCGGCUAAGGAUGCGGCUAAGAAGGAGGCGAAGGCGGCAGCUGCAGAGGCCCGCGAUGCUGAGCGGAAGGCGGUUUCCAAAGUGCAGAUCAAACGGGUCGAGCGCAACAAACGUAAACAUGUUACUGUCGUCACCGGCUUGGAUAUAUACGGACUGGAAAAUAAGAAGGUGGCGAAGGAUCUUGGAAAGAAGUUCGCGACCGGUUCUUCUAUGACUAGGUCCGCUGGUGGCACUGAGGAGAUCACGGUGCAGGGUGAUGUGAGUGAGGAGAUCAAAGAGUGGCUGUUGGAGGCGUACGGAAAGGAGAUUCCAGAGGCCAACAUUGAGCUCAUUGAGGACAAGAAGAAGAAGAAAGCGGCCGAGCAAUAAAAGGAGUAUAAUAAUGGAUGACAGAAUGGGCGCAUAAUGUACAAAAUUCUAUGCUUGGAGACCCUCUGGGUAUCAUGUCAUUAUGGUUUACAUAUUAGAUCGAUGGAGACGCGACAGUCUCGAGGCUGGCCUUGGAAGUCGUCCUGAG